AUGCACGCUGCACGGUCACUCGCUCGCGCAUCUCGCGCCAUCGCCCGCCCCAGUCCCGCCGUCCUCCCCCGCGCCGUCGUCGCUGCCGUCCCUUGCCGACCAACUUUCUCGCCGCUCCGCUUCUACUCGGCAGCGCCUGAGGCACAGCAGGAACCGGCAGCAGCGACCGCAGAGACCGCACAGAACGGCGCUGGAGCUGGACCGAAGGACGGAAAGAUCGAGGUGGAUGCGGGAAAGGUCGACGAGUUGACCAAGCUCCUCGAGGAGCAGAAGAAGAUCGUUGCAGAGCUCAAGGAGGCUCGUCUCCGCACCCUUGCCGACUUCGAGAACCUCCAGAAGAUCUCGACGCGGGAGAAGCAGCAGGCCAAGGACUUUGCGCUGCAAGCGUUCGCCAAGGACCUCAUCUCCGAGAUCGACGUCCUUAACCUCGCCCUCCGCUCCAUUCCCGCCGAGCGCCUCGUCUCCUCCUCCGACCACACGCCCAACUCUGAUCUCCUCGGCUUGCACGAGGGCGUCAAGCUGACGAAGCGCGGUAUCGAGAAGGUCUUGGCGAAGCACGGCGUUGUUGCGUUCGACCCGACUGGCGAGCAGUUCGACCCGAACAAGCACGAGGCGCUCUACCAGGCGCCCGUUCCCGGCAAGGAGCCUGGGUCGGUUCUCGAGUGCCAGGAGAUCGGAUACAUGAUCAAGGACCGCCUCCUCCGCCCCGCCAAGGUUGGUGUCGUUCUCUCGACCGAGUAA